GACCACCGGCACCCCCGUGGCGUGCUGACGAGGGUGGCGCGGGCGCGUGUUUUGGCGGUUCAACACAAACUCAACCACAUUCCAUUCUUCGCGUUUGCGGCCGCGCGGAAGCAAAAGAACCAUAGGUGGUGCCUUUUUGACACUUUAAACUCUCCGGGAAGCAUGUUAGCGGUUUGAACCGACGACAAACAUGGGAUUGCUAGCUUUGUUGAAAAAGUUUCGUUCGUCGCAGGAGAAGGAGCUGCGGAUUCUGCUGCUCGGGCUGGACAACGCGGGCAAAACGACUUUGCUGAAAAAACUGGCCUCCGAGGAUGUGACCCACAUCACGCCCACGCAGGGCUUCAACAUCAAAUCCGUGCAGGCCGAGGGAUACAAACUCAACGUCUGGGACAUCGGCGGACAGAGGAAAAUCCGGCCCUACUGGCGAAACUAUUUCGAAAACACCGACGUGCUGAUCUACGUGAUCGACAGUGCGGAUUUGCGUCGGCUUGACGAGACAGCGCAGGAGCUGUCCGAGCUGCUAACGGAGGAAAAGCUUUCGGGAGUGCCGCUGCUGAUCUACGCCAACAAACAGGACCUGGAAUACGCGGCGUCGGCGUCUAACAUCGCCGAAGACCUGUCGCUGCACACGAUCAAGGACAGAGCCUGGCAGAUCCAGCCGUGCUCGGCCACCUCCGGCGAGGGCGUCAAGGACGGCAUGGAAUGGGUCUGCACCAACAUCACGCCCAAGCGGAACUGAUUUUUGUUUUUUUUUCGCUAUUUAUAAUUCUGAUCGUUUCAAAUUUAAUAAAUUUAAUAUAGUGAUGAUGAAGUGGAUCUCGUAAUAUAAUUAUUGAGUGCGUGUUUUUGGUGCAGACAAGAGAGUGAGGAUUGUACUGAUUGAGAAAUAAAUAAAGAGAAUAG